AGGCCUCUCAGGUCUGAGGCUCAGAAGCAGAGCGUGGGCGUCUCCACCAUGGCCUGGGCCCCUCUCCUCCUCGCCCUCCUUGCUCACAGCUCAGGGUCCGGGGUGCGGGCCGGGCUGACGCAGGAAGCCUCGCUGUCGGGGUCUCUGGGCCAGAAGGUCACCCUGUCCUGCACGGGGAACAGCAACAAUGUUGGAACCUAUGGUGUAGGCUGGUACCAGCAGGUCACGGGCUCUGCCCCCAAAACGGUGAUGCUCGGUAGCUCACGGCCCACGGGGAUCCCGGAUCGGUUCUCUGGCUCCCAGUCCGGCAACACGGCUUCGCUGGUCAUCACGGGCCUGCAGCCCGAGGACGAGGCUGUUUAUUAUUGUUCAACGUGGGACUAUGGCAUCAGCAAUCACACAGUGCUCCACACCCAUGGGGAACUGAGACAAAAACCUGCCCUGUUCCCCCUGAUCGCCCCUGAAUGCCGUGACACAGAAGCGGUGGCUGUGGCAGACCCUAUAGGCUCUGGGGCCAUCUCUAGUAGUAACUACCCCAGCUGGUACCAGCAGACCCCAGGCAAGCCUCCACGCACACUCAUCUACAGCACAAACAGCCGCCCCUCUGGGGUCCCUGAUCGCUUCUCUGGCUCCAUCUCUGGGAACAAAGCCGCCCUCACCAUCUCAGGGGCUCAGCCUGAGGAUGAGGCCGAGUACUACUGUGCUCUGUACACGGGUAGUAGUACUGAUACUUACACGGUGAUGUAA